UCGAAUGUGCGCCCGGUGGAUCGACAGUUAGACGGCUCUUUCACGUGUAUGUGUGACACGUCACUCAGUAGCUCGAGUACGGAAGUGUUUUCACGGAUCUGCCAUCCGACAGACAGCGCUUCUAAAGCAUUUCAUCAACAAUGGGGGGCUUCUUUUCCAGCCUCUUCUCAGGCCUGUUCGGCACCAGAGAGAUGAGGAUCCUCAUUCUAGGUUUGGAUGGAGCUGGAAAAACCACCAUAUUGUACAGACUUCAAGUGGGAGAAGUGGUCACCACAAUUCCCACAAUUGGUUUUAAUGUGGAGACUGUGACGUACAAGAACUUAAAGUUUCAAGUGUGGGACCUCGGUGGACAGACGAGCAUCAGGCCGUACUGGCGGUGUUAUUACUCCAACACAGACGCAGUGAUUUAUGUCGUGGACAGCAGUGACCGUGAUCGGAUGGGCAUUUCCAAAUCUGAGCUUGUGGCCAUGUUAGAGGAGGAGGAGCUGAAGAAAGCCAUUCUGGUGGUGUUUGCAAACAAGCAGGACAUGGAGCAGGCCAUGACGCCGACCGAAGUGGCCAACUCUCUUGGUUUACCUGCGCUCAAAGACAGGAAGUGGCAGAUCUUCAAGACGUCUGCUACUAAAGGCACAGGCCUGGACGAAGCAAUGGAAUGGUUGGUUGAGUCACUGAAGAGCCGGCAGUAAAUGCAUUCGCAGAAACAUCUUGUAAAUAGGAACUUCAGAGACUUCUUAUUGGGUGUCUUUUGGACCAGUGACUGCAUUCUUCCUGUUCUGUGAAGGCCGUCUUUUUUCCCCAUUUUAGUACAGAGAUGUUGAGCGCAUCGAAUGAACUCUCCCCCUCUCUACUGAUGCUUGUGUUUUCGGUAAACCCCAUCCACUACAAUUGUAAUUUCAGAGGUGUUAGCUUUUUACAUUUAGCCUGAUUCGGAAUAAUCAUUGCAGCUCUGUUUGAUAUUAUGUGGGUAGAUAUUUAUGACUAACUGUCAUUUGUAAUGCAUUGAAUUUGUAAUGGCAUAUUUAUAUUUGCACAAGUACAGGGGAUGUGCACGCCUGCAAAAUAAAUAUGCAGUCAACAUGUAUUGAAUAAUGCAUAACCUCAAA